ACCUCACCUCCUAUAAGGUUUCCAUGUGGUCCACCAAUAUUUUAUUGCUGUGCGAGGAGGACUUACCCUAGAAUUCUGGAGUCCGAAAACGUUUACAAAAGGUAACAGGAUUUCAAGAGCCAAAACACCUCGCUGAAUUGUGGAAUUAAAGUAGGAAUUCAGGAUGUCUGCAGGAAGUGUUCCCACAGGGGAGGGUGAAGACGACUUGCCACCUGGUUCAGUGGCAAUCAAAAAGAGAUCCAGGGUGCCGGGUGUUAUGAUCACACAGUAUGUGGAGAACCUACCACCUGGAAAAACUACCCCAGAUUUCACUAGAAAACCCACCGCCACAACCACCCAGGAAGGUAAAACAGCCUUCUUUAAAGCAGCAGUGACAGGAGAGCCGGCACCCACCAUAACUUGGGCACGCAACAAAGGAGAAAUUUCUGACCCAGAGAAAUAUAAGACAAGAUAUGAUGAAAAGAGUGGAGAAUAUAUUUUGGAGGUCCUAAAUGUGACUGUAGACCGAGCAGACACAUACAAAUGCUUUGCUACAAAUCCAUUUGGAAGAGCUGUUUCUACAGCUACACUGAAUGUUAUCGAGGUUGGAUUCAAGAAAAAGAAACCUGGUGCAACACAGAAUGACCCCGAAGACUUCAGAAAGAUGCUGAAGAAAACUGUAAUUGUGAAGAAGAGGAAAGAAAAACCAAAGAAAGAGGGAGAGAUUGACCCAAAGUUCUGGGAGGUGUUGCUGAGUGCCCAGAAGAAGGACUAUGAGCGUAUCUGUCGUGAAUUUGGAGUCACUAAUUAUCGUUGGAUGUUAAAGAAACUUAACAUGAUGAAGAAGGAACAAGAAGAAGAACAGGCGAAGGUUGUUGAAAAUGUUGAAAACUUGAAACAAAUUGAGGUAAAAACAAAUGGAAAAGCUGAAUUUGAAAUUGACAUGAAGCUCAAGGAUCCCAACAGCAAAAUUUUUCUCUACAAGGAUGGUGAAAUCCUUGACUAUGGUGAUGGCACUGAUAAGUCUUCCAAACACAAUAUGAAGAAAGCUGGUGAUAAAUACACUUUCAGCGUCAAUAAUGUUGCUCCAGAGGAUGCUGGCUUAUAUCAGGUGGAUGUUGACGAUGUCAACAUCUUCUCAACUGGUCUUGAAAUUCCUGAUGUGGAAUUUGAUGGCAUGUUGAAAGAUGCUAAGGUCGUUGAAGGACAGGAUGCUACAUUUGAGUGCAUCUUGUCUGGUCCUGUGGCAAAAAUCACCUGGUGUGCAAAGGAUGCCUCUGUUGAGCCUGGGGAUAAAUAUGACAUCACAGUGUCAGAGGACAUGCUCACUCACAGAUUAGUAGUGAAGAACUGUCAACCAGGAGACAAGGGCAUCUACACAGCCAUCGCUGGCAUCAAGUUAAGCAAAGCCUCCCUGAAUGUUAAAGAUGAUCCAAAUGCCCGUGGGAAAGGCCAGAGUGGUGCAGGUGAUGCUAAUAGCCUGGCUGAAGAACAGGCCAGGCUGCAGAAGGAAAGAGAUGAGGCAGCGAGGAGGGGCCAAGCUAAAUCUGGAUCUGGUUUAAGGGAUGGGUUCGGAGGAGAUGGAAUCAGUGGAGACGGAAGUGGGCAGACUGGGAUAGGGAGGGAUAAAAUGAGAAGAGAGGGAUUAGGAAAAGAAGGAGCAGUAGAUAGUUUAGGAAGAGAUGGAUUAGGAAAAGAUGGUUUAGGAAAAGGAGGAGCAGGAGAUGGUUCUGGAAAAGAAGGCUUAGGAAAAGGUGGAUCAGGCCUAGAUGAAUCUGGAAUAACUGGUUUAGGAAGAGGUGGAUCAGGAAGUGAUGGAACAGAGAAAGCAAGCAAAGGUGGAUUAGCAGCAGAUGGGUCAGGAAAAGAUGGUUUGGGUAGAAAUGGAAAAGAUGGAAGAGGUGGAGAAGGAACAAGUGGAGAUGGGUCAGGUGGUGAUGGGACUGGAGAUGCUAAGCAUAAGAAGCGCAUCAGAGAUGGUCCAUUGGUCCCUGACACUAUAACAGAACCUGGAGUCCACUUUCUCAGUGGAUUAUCAGACUCCACUGCCAAUACUGGGGAGUCUGCAGAAUUGACAUGUAAACUUAGCAGUAAGGACAGUGUGGGAAUUUGGUACAAAGAUGGUAAAAAGCUGGAAUCUAAGGAUGGUGUUACUAUUGUAAAAGAUGGACCCACUCAUAGACUAAUCAUCAAGAACUGUAAGGAGGAAAAUACAGGCACAUAUAAAUUUGAAGCAGAUGGACGUAAAUCAGAGGCAACGUUGCGCAUUGAAGAUCCACCAAAAAUCAAUGCAGAUGCCUUGAGUAAAUUUUCAGAACCUAUCAUUGUAAAAGCUGGUGAAAAUGCUAUUUUCAAGCUUCCAUUCUCGGGUAAAGAACCAGUCAAAGUGCAGUGGUUCAAAGAUGAAGAGGAGCUUUUACAUGGACCCAAUGCCAAAAUAGAGAGUUCCUCAACUCACAGUCGGCUAUUUCUCACCAAGUGUCAGCGUAAAGACACUGGAGAAGUCAAAAUCAAAAUCAAGAAUGAAUUUGCCACCAUAGAGGCAGCAUCAAAACUCAUUGUCCUCGACAAACCAGCUCCACCGCAAGGGCCUGUAGAAGUCGUGGAGAGUUCAUUGUCUGCUAUUGAGUUUAAAUGGAGGCCACCAAAAGAUGAUGGUGGGUGUCCUGUGACCAAUUACUACCUGGAGCGCCAGCAGGCGGGGCGCAACACCUGGACUAAAAUUGGAGACAUCCCUGGACAGCCCACCUACAGAGAUACAGACAUAGACCGUGGCAGGAAGUACUGUUACAGGAUCAGGGCCAAGAACUCAGAAGGCAUAAGUGACAUGAUGGAAACUGAUGACAUCGCAGCUGGCACACUGGCCUUCCCUGGUCAGCCUGCUUGUCCAAAGGUGGUCAGCGCAUUUAAGGACUGCAUUAAUCUGUCAUGGCUCGCACCCUCAAAUACAGGAGGAGGCAGUAUUAUAGGCUACAAUGUGGAGAAACGCAAGAAGGGCAGCAAUCUCUGGAGUCAAGUGAAUCCUCCAGAUGAACCAAUCAGAGAGAAAAAGUAUGCAGUGAAAGAUGUAAUGGAGGGAGGUGAGUAUGAAUUCAGAGUGGUUGCGAUCAACACAUGCGGUCCCGGAGAACCAAGUGGCCCCUCUGACUGUGUGUUCGCAAGAGACCCUCAGAAGCAUCCUGGGAAGGUCAAAGAUCUCAAAGUAACUGGCUCUAGUUACACCACACUAUGUCUGGCUUGGACCAAACCGAAAGCGAUGAAUGGAGUGGAAGAUGAAGCAAAAGGGUACUUUGUGGAAAUCAGACCCACAGACCAGCUGGAGUGGACCCGCUGUAAUACAAGCGCUGUCGUCCAGACGUCCUUCACUGUAGUAGGUCUGAAGUCCUUGGCCAUGUACUGGGUGAGGGUGAUUGCCACCAAUGAGGGAGGAGAGGGACUUCCACAAGGGUUUGAUAACUACGUCAUUGCCAUGCCUCCGCCUGUAAAACCGAAAUUCACUGACCGUAAGAUGAAAAGUUUUAUGGUUGUGAAGGCUGGAAACACAGUGCGGGUUAAUAUACGCUUUGAGGCUUCUCCUUUACCAGACAUCACUUGGCUAAAAGAUAGUGUGCCUGUGGCCAAACAUGUAACAAUUACUAAUUCUGAGAAAGGUUCUCAGCUGUUGAUUCCAUCAUCUGAACGCUCUGAUACUGGCAUCUACACCAUUAUUGUGAAGAAUAUGGUGGGUCAGGACACCUUCAAUGUUGAAAUCAGAGUUACAGAUGAGCCCAUGUCUCCAGGUCCAGUGCAACUUGAGCAGAUUGUGGAGGGAACAGUAACUCUCAUGUGGACUCCGUCUCCUGAUGAGAAACGAGAUGACCGGCUCCACUAUAUGGUGAUGAAGCGGGACUCUGUCAAACGUACCUGGCGGACAGUAGCAGACCACCUCUUCAACCAUAAAUUUACCGUUGUUAAUAUCAUGCAGGGGAGAGAGUAUAACUUCCGUGUGUUUGCUAAGAAUGAUAUGGGGCUCUCUGAACCAUCUGAGUCUCCAGCAUGGGGAACUAUCAAAAAGAAAGAGAAAUUUGUAGUAAACUUGCCCAAAUCAAAGAUCCUGGACUUCCGGUCAGCCCCAAAGUUUACUGUCCCUCUGAAACUACACGCAGCUCCAAAGGGCUAUGAAUGCUACAUGAGCUGUGCUGUGAGUGGCAACCCUAAACCCCACGUCACCUGGUACCGCAACAACAUCAGCCUCAACACAAACACCAACUACUACAUCACCAACACGUGUGGCGUCUGUUCCAUGCUCAUCCUGAUGGUGGGGCCCAAAGACACAGGAGAAUACAGAGUUGUGGCAGAGAACCCACUGGGCAAGGUUGAGUGUUCCACCCAGCUCACAGUCAGAGAAUAGAGGAAGUCAAACAACAAAAGAAGACAAGAAAAUGGAUCAGAUAUCUACAGGUUGUUUGUGUUCUGCAUUUGCUCUACCCAGACUCAUUUUUCCUCUCUAGCUUAUGCACGAUCAACAAAAACCUAAACAGUGAUUGUGAGUGUCUUUCAUGUGUGUGCAAACACCAAAUUUCUCUCAACAAUGGAAUGAAGCUCAUGUCAUUUUAAUGGCUUUGCUUCAAAUAAAGUCAUCAUUAAAUGGUCAUUUAAAAGUGA